CAAUCAAAGAAAUACAACAAAGUUCUGAAGAAAGAUUUGAACAAACCUUAGAAUUAGCAAAGAAAAUUGCACUCAAAAAAGCAGAAAUAUACAAAGAAUCUGCAAAAGAAAUUUAUGAAUCAAUCAACACUCAUCUAGAAGCAAUCUUACGAGAAGGAAAAGAAGGUCAACAACAGUCAUACCAAGACUUGAUUAACAAAAUAUCAAAAACAGAUAAACCAAAGAAAGAACACAAAAAAUAUCUUAUAACAGAAAUAAAAAAUUCUGAGAAUAAGAAGGAACAAAUUAUAGAACUAAAAUUAAUGAACCCUACCAAGAAAACAUUUGAAGAAUCAAUUGAUGAAUUAAAAGAAACAGUUUUAGAUCAACUAAAAAAAAGAGAAUCCUUUGAAGAAAAAGACCAAUAUAACUAUUAUACAGAAGCUAUAAAACUCAAGUGGACUAUAGGAUAUCAAGAUACCACAGAUCAAAUAGCAAAACAAUUCUCAGAAGCAAAGACAUACCAUGAUUGGUCAAAGAUAAUUGAAGAUAAAUUAAUUGAUAAUUAUGAUUAUAUUCCAACAGAAUAUAAAAGCAGAAGAAUAUAUUAUUACGAACUAAUAAAACAGAAAAACUGUAUUAGAAGUCAAGAAAUAGGAUCCUGUGAUAAUUGUAUAAUAACAGGAAGAUUCUGUAAAGUAGAAUUAAAAGAAAGAAGUACAAGAGAAAAAGAAAAACUUCCAAGAAAGAAAUUAGAACCAACAUACAAAACUGAAAGAAGAAAUCAGGAAUUUCUUGAAUCAGUAAAACUUCAACAAAAAACAAUACAAAAUUGUAAACAUUGUCUAGAAAGACAUAAAGAGU